AUGUUACAGUUCAAGCUCGUGCUUCUAGGGGACUCUUCCGUGGGAAAGUCUUCAAUUGUUCAUCGGUUUGUUAAAGACUCAUUUGAUGAGUUCCGUGAAAGUACGAUUGGUGCAGCUUUCUUGUCGAGAACUAUCAAAUUAGCUGACUACGACGAUGUUAUGAUCAAAUUUGAAAUUUGGGACACAGCUGGUCAAGAGCGUUAUAAGUCGUUAGCGCCUAUGUACUACCGUAAUGCCAACGCGGCAUUAGUAGUGUAUGACGUUACUCAGGAAGAUUCUUUGAUAAAAGCACAAAGCUGGGUAAACGAAUUGAAAAGUAAGGUUGGCGAUGAUGAUCUCGUAAUCUGCUUGGUUGGUAACAAGGUUGAUAUUGCAGAGACGACCCCAAAGAUGAAGGUUAUCGAUGAGGACGAAGCUAGGGCGUAUGCAGACGAACACGGGUUAAUCUUUCACGAGGUGAGUGCUAAAACUGGAAAGGGGGUGUUAGAAGUGUUCUAUGACAUUGGAAAACGUUUAUAUCUACAACGAAGAGACUCUUUAGCUGCCCAAUCUCAGCAAGCGAAUAAUAUUCAGCUACAGAGGCCAACAACAAACGACGCUACUUCAUGCUGCUCAUAA